GAGGCGGGAGGCCAGGGCCCGCCCCACAGCCACUCUUGCGCCUCUGAGCAGCCACAGGGGCCAAGCCCUGUCACCCCCAGGAUCUAGUCAUUGGGGAAAACAGAUAGGGAGACCAGAGGAGGGCCAGCUGGGGCGAGGGGGUGGAGGCCCAGGAAGCAGCAUCUGAGAGGACCAGGCACUGGAGGCUGGGGGGCAGAGAACAAACUCCCCUCACAAGUAGAGAAGAGGAGAGCGGAAGGAACCAAGGGAGGGACAGACAGGAGUCCGAGGAGGGAAGAGGAGGGGGAGAGGGGUCAGGCCAGGCGGCCAAGGAGGAGGCGUGUGGCUGGGGGCUGCUGGCAGGAAGCUGGGGACAGGACCCGACCGGCACUACCCCUCAGAGCAGCGGCACCCCCGCUCCGGGCAGAGGCGCCAGUAGUCAGGCCAGGAUGUGCCUCUGAGGGCCACCACGAAGCACCACCACCAUGGCCCCCGGCGCCCUCUGGAGCUGCUACCUCUGCUGCCUGCUGACCACAGCUGUGGGGGCAGCCAGCUACCCUCCUCGCGGUUACAGCCUCUACACUGGGAGUGGCGGGGCCCUCAGCCCUGGGGGAGCCCAGGCCCAGAGUGCCCCUCGGCCUGCCAGCCGCCACAGGAACUGGUGUGCCUAUGUGGUGACCCGGACAGUAAGCUGUGUCCUUGAGGAUGGAGUGGAGACCUUCGUCAAGCCCGACUACCAGCCCUGUGGCUGGGGCCAGCCCCAGUGUUCCCGCAGCAUCAUGUACCGCAGCUUCCUCCGCCCUCGCUACCGUGUGGCCUACAAGACAGUGACGGACAUGGAGUGGAGGUGCUGCCAGGGGUACGGGGGCGAUGACUGCGCCGAGGGCCCUGCCCCUGCGCUGGGUCCUGCACCUACCACACCGCGCCCACGGCCCCAGCCGGCCCGCCCCAACCUCUCUGGCUCCAGUGCGGGCAGCCACCUGAGUGGACUGGGCGGGGAGGGUCCUGGGGAAUCAGAGAAGGUGCAGCAGCUGGAGGAGCAGGUACAGAGCCUGACAAAGGAGCUGCAGGGCCUUCGGGGUGUCCUGCAGGGACUGAGUGGGCGCCUGGCAGAAGAUGUCCAGAGGGCUGUGGAGACGGCUUUUAAUGGGAGGCAGCAGCCAGCAGAUGCAGCUGCCCGUCCUGGCGUGCACGAAACCCUCAACGAGAUCCAGCAGCAGCUGCAGCUCCUGGACAACCGCGUCUCCACCCACGACCAGGAGCUGGGCCAUCUCAACAACCAUCACAGUGGUGGUGGUAGCAGUGGUGGCAGGGCCAUGGACUCAACCCCGGCUCCUCCUGGCCACAGUGAGGAGUUGAUGCGGGAGCUGGAGCAGCGGCUGCAGGAGCCCUGCUCUGUGUGCCUGGCAGGGCUGGAUGGCUUCCGCCGGCAGCAGCAGGAGGACAGGGAGCGGCUGCGAGCACUGGAGAAGCUACUGGCCUCCGUGGAGGAGCGGCAGCGGCAGCUCGCUGGGCAGGCACUGGGCCGCUGGCCCCCUCAGGAGUGCUGCCCUCCGGAGCUGGGCCGGCGACUGGCUGAGCUGGAGCGGAGGCUGGAUGUAGUGGCCGGCUCAGUGACAGUGCUGAGCGGGCGGCGAGGCGCCAACCUGGGAGGAGCAGCUGGGCAGGGAGGCCACCCCCCAGGCUACACCAGCUUAGUGUCCCGCCUCUCUCGCCUAGAGGACCGAUUCAAUUCCACCCUAGGCCCCUCGGAGGAGCAGGAGGAGGGCUGGCCCGGGCAUCCUGGAGGGCUGGGCCACUGGUUGCCUGCUGCUCGGGGCCGACUAGAGAAGCUGGAAGGGUUGCUGGCCAAUGUGAGCGGGGAGCUGGGUGGGCGGCUGGAUCUGCUGGAAGAGCAGGUGGCAGGAGCUGUGCAGGCAUGUGGGCAGCUCUGCUCUGGAGCCCCAGGGGAGCAGGACUCCCAGGUCAGUGAGAUCCUCAGUGCCUUGGAGCGCAGGGUGCUGGACAGUGAGGGGCAGCUGCGGCUGGUAGGCUCAGGCCUGCACAAGGUGGAAGCAGCUGGGGAGGCCCAGCAGGCCGCGCUGGAGGGACUGCAAGGUGUCGUGGGCCAUCUCCAGGGUCGUGUCGAUGCACUGGAUGAGACAGCUGCAGAGUUCACACUGCAGCUGAAUCUCACAGCUGCACGGCUGGGCCAACUGGAGGGUCUGCUGCAGGCCCGUGGGGAUGAGGGCUGUGGGGCCUGCGGUGGUGUCCAGGAGGAACUGGGCCGCCUUCGGGAUGGUGUGGAGCGCUGCUCCUGCCCACUGUUACCCCCACGGGGCCCGGGGGCCGGCCCGGGUUUGGGGGGACCAAGCCGUGGGCCUCUGGAUGGCUUCAGUGUCUUUGGGGGCAGCUCAGGCUCAGCCCUCCAGGCCCUGCAAGGAGAGCUCUCUGAGGUUAUUCUCACCUUCAGCUCCCUCAAUGACUCACUGCAUGAGCUCCAGACCACCGUGGAGGGCCAGGGUGCUGAUCUGGCUGACCUGGGAGCCACCAAGGACCGCAUCAUCUCUGAGAUUAACAGGCUGCAGCAGGAGGCCACAGAGCAUGCUACAGAGAGUGAGGAGCGCUUCCGAGGCCUGGAAGAAGGACAGGCACAGGCUGGCCAGUGCCCCAGCCUAGAGGGGCGAUUGGGCCGCCUUGAGGGAGUCUGUGAGCGGUUAGACACAGUGGCCGGGGGACUACAAGGCCUGCGUGAAGGCCUUUCCAGACACGUGGCUGGGCUCUGGGCCAGGCUACGGGAAACCAACAGCACCAGCCAGACCCAGGCAGCCCUGCUGGAGAAGCUGCUGGAGGGGCAGGCUGGCCUGGGCAAGCGGCUUGGUGCCCUUAACAGCUCCCUACUGCUCCUGGAAGACCGACUUCACCAGCUCAGUCUGACGGACCUCACUGGGCCUGCAGGUGAGGCUGGGCCCCCAGGGCCUCCUGGGAUGCAGGGACCCCCAGGCCCUGCUGGACCUCCAGGACCUCCAGGCAAGGAUGGACAAGAGGGGCCAAUUGGGCCACCAGGUCCCCAAGGUGAACAGGGAGUGGAGGGGGCACCAGCACCCUCUGUGCCCCGGGUGGCCUUUUCAGCUGCCCUGAGUUUGCCCCGGUCUGAACCAGGCACAGUGCCCUUCGACAGAGUCCUACUCAACGAUGGGGGCUACUAUGAUCCAGAGACUGGCGUGUUCACGGCGCCACUGGCUGGACGCUACUUGCUGAGCGCAGUGCUGACUGGGCACCGGCACGAGAAAGUGGAGGCGGUGCUGUCUCGCUCCAACCUGGGCGUGGCUCGUAUAGACUCUGGCGGGUACGAGCCUGAGGGCCUGGAGAAUAAGCCGGUGGCGGAAAGCCAGCCCAGCCCAGGCGCCCUGGGCGUCUUCAGCCUCAUCCUGCCGCUGCAGGCUGGGGACACCGUCUGCAUCGACCUGGUCAUGGGGCAGCUGGCGCACUCGGAGGAGCCGCUCACCAUCUUCAGCGGAGCCCUGCUCUACGGGGACCUGGAGCUAGAACAGGCGUAGACCAGGGGCUGGGCCCGACCGGCCCAAAGUGUCUACGCCGGCCAAAGAGCCAGCUGGGGCGGCGGCUCCCCGGGGUCUUGCCAGGGACGGGGCGCCGACCCUGAGCGGGCCGCUGUCUCCGUACCCGCCGCGGCACAGGCGCCCAGAGUAACCUCCUCCUCACGGUCGGAGCGUACGGGUCGAGGACUCUGGGGGUCGCCUUAUUGGGACUUUUGGUCUGAUCACCGUCCCCUGCAAGACCUGGACUGCGAAAGAGCCGAUCCUUGCACCCUUUCCUCCCCCAGCUGGCUUUUUGGCUGAUUCCCUGGGCUCCGGGGCUCUCCCGAGGGGGCUCCGGUCCCCAUUGCCAUACUAAACUAUUCAGGAAUAAAGACACUUGGUUUUUCUAAAAAACAAAACAAAACGAGAAAA